AUGGUGUUCAGAAAUUUGUCGAGGAAGCCCAAAUUAAUAGUUUUUGAUUUAGGCAAGUACAUGCUUUUUAGAGAUGGCAAAGUGUAUGAUAGGUUUAAUCAUGUGGUAACACCUUUUCCAGAAACUGGGGCUGUGCUACAAGCAAUCAAAGGAGAGCCUAAUAUUAAGAUAGCUGUUGCUUCAUCGUCGGCUGCUCCUGAAAUGGGUAGAAGGUUUAUAAGUCUCUUCGGUUGGGAUACGUAUUUUGACUAUGUGGAAAUUUACCCAACUGGGAAAACUCGGCAUUUCAGAAAAUUAAAAAGGGACUCUGAAAUCUCCUUCCAAGAUAUGCUUUUCUUCGAUGAUCUCGGUUUCAACAUUCGGGACGUCUCUUCUCUAGGAGUUCAUUGUGUCCACGUUGAUGAAGAUGGUGUUGAUCUUGCGCUCCUACGCAGUGGCUUGGAAAGCUUUGCUCGAGCCAAUCGGACACUUUGGCCAUUUGAUUGCGAUGAUUACUAUGGAAGUGCUCUUUACAAGAAAGAUGGGUUAAUUCAUGACGAAUCUGGAGCACAGUUGACGCCAUUUCCUCACUCAGAAAUCAUUUUAAAACGUAUAAAGGAGGAGCCAGGUAUCAAACUGGCUGCGGCAUCUUCAACAACUUCUCCAAAUGUUGGACGCAAAUUGCUUAAUUUAUUAGGAUGGGAUAAAUACUUUGACUACGUUGAAAUUUACCCUACACCCAAAACUCGGCACUUUAAAGAACUGGAGAAUAAAUCGGGUAUAUCCUGUGACAAAAUGCUCUUUUUCGACGAUCUGAUGUUCAAUAUUCGGGACACCAAGGAACUCGGUGUUCAUGCUGUCUUGGUUCAAGGUGGUGUUGAUUUAACUGUUUUAAGGAGCGCCCUUCAAAGCUAUGCUUCAGCAAACUCCUAA